GUAGGGGGUGCGGUGGGGGGUGGGGGUCCUCCGGCGCUUGGGGGUCCCAGUCCCCGCCGGCUGCCGAGCGGGAAGGGUGGCGGAGGAGCCGCAGAGAUGUCCGGCCAGAGCUUGACGGACCGAAUCACCGCCGCCCAGCACAGUGUCACCGGCUCCGCCGUAUCCAAGACAGUAUGCAAGGCCACGACCCACGAGAUCAUGGGGCCCAAGAAAAAGCACCUGGACUACUUAAUUCAGUGCACAAAUGAGAUGAAUGUGAACAUCCCACAGUUGGCAGACAGUUUAUUUGAAAGAACUACUAAUAGUAGUUGGGUCGUGGUCUUCAAAUCUCUCAUUACAACUCAUCAUUUGAUGGUGUAUGGAAAUGAGCGUUUUAUUCAGUAUUUGGCUUCAAGAAACACAUUGUUUAACUUAAGCAAUUUUUUGGAUAAAAGUGGAUUGCAAGGAUAUGACAUGUCUACAUUUAUUAGGCGGUAUAGUAGAUAUCUUAAUGAAAAAGCAGUUUCAUACAGACAAGUUGCAUUUGAUUUCACAAAAGUGAAAAGAGGGGCUGAUGGUGUGAUGAGAACAAUGAACACAGAAAAACUGCUUAAAACUGUACCAAUUAUUCAAAAUCAGAUGGAUGCCCUUCUUGAUUUUAAUGUUAAUAGCAAUGAACUUACAAAUGGGGUAAUAAAUGCUGCCUUCAUGCUCCUGUUCAAAGAUGCCAUUAGACUGUUUGCAGCAUACAAUGAAGGAAUUAUUAAUCUGUUGGAAAAAUAUUUUGAUAUGAAAAAGAACCAAUGCAAAGAAGGUCUGGACAUCUAUAAGAAGUUCCUGACUAGGAUGACAAGAAUCUCAGAGUUUCUCAAAGUUGCAGAGCAAGUUGGAAUUGACAGAGGUGAUAUACCAGACCUUUCACAGGCCCCCAGCAGUCUACUUGAUGCUUUGGAACAACAUUUAGCUUCCUUGGAAGGAAAGAAAAUCAAAGAUUCUACAGCUGCAAGCAGGGCAACAACACUUUCCAACGCAGUCUCUUCCCUGGCAAGCACUGGCCUGUCUCUAACCAAAGUGGAUGAAAGGGAAAAGCAGGCAGCAUUAGAGGAAGAACAGGCUCGUUUAAAAGCUUUAAAGGAACAGCGCCUAAAAGAACUUGCAAAGAAACCUCAUACCUCUUUAACAACUGCAGCCUCUCCUGUGUCCACCUCUGCAGGGGGUAUAAUGACUGCACCAGCCAUUGACAUAUUUUCUACCCCUAGUUCUUCUAACAGCACAUCAAAGCUACCAAAUGAUCUGCUUGAUUUACAACAGCCAACUUUUCACCCAUCUGUACUUCCUAUGCCAUCUACUUCUCAGGUAGCAAGUACAUGGGGAGAUCCUUUCUCUGCUACUGUAGAUGCUGUUGAUGAUGCCAUUCCAAGCUUAAAUCCUUUCCUCACAAAAAGUAGUGGUGAUGUUCACCUUCCCAUUUCUUCAGAUGUAUCCACUUUUACUACUAGGACACCUACUCAUGAAAUGUUUGUUGGAUUCACUCCAUCUCCAGUUGCACAGCCACAUCCUUCAGCUGGCCUUAAUGUUGACUUUGAAUCUGUGUUUGGAAAUAAAUCUACCAACGUUAUUGUAGAUUCUGGGGGCUUUGAUGAACUAGGUGGACUUCUCAAACCAACAGUGGCUUCUCAGAACCAGAGUCUUCCUGUUGCCAAAGUUCCACCUAACAAGUUAGUAUCUGAUGACUUGGAUUCAUCCUUAGCAAACCUUGUGGGCAAUCUUGGCAUUGGAAAUGGAACCACUAAGAAUGAUGUAAAUUGGAGUCAGCCAGGUGAAAAGAAGCUAACUGGAGGAUCUAAUUGGCAACCAAAGGUUGCACCGACAACUGCUUGGAAUGCUGCAACAAUGAAUGGCAUGCAUUUUCCACAAUACGCACCCCCUGUAAUGGCCUAUCCUGCUACUACACCAACAGGCAUGAUAGGAUAUGGAAUCCCUCCUCAAAUGGGAAGUGUACCUGUAAUGACACAACCAACCUUAAUAUAUAGCCAGCCUGUCAUGAGACCACCAAACCCCUUUGGUCCUGUAUCAGGAGCACAGCUGUCGGCAGCAUCCAGCCCCUCCAGUCACAGUCCUCACAGAGCUUCAGGAAAGGACCCUUUUGCAGAGCUCUCUUUGGAGGAUUUCUUAUAAAUCACUUUAGAUACAGUUUAUGUAACUAGAUGGAAGAGAAUGGAAUUAUUCCAAAAAGACAAGUGCUCAAGCAGCAAAUACUUCGAGCAAAAUCCAAACUGCUGUCUCUUAAACUCUCUUCUUCCAUUAGAAUGCUACAGUAACCCAGUGAAGGCCCAUGAAGGAAAUUGGGACUAGUAUAUAGGAGAACGUAUCAAUACAGUUUAUAAAGCCAAGAAUUGCCAUGAUUUCAGACUAAGAUCUUUUUGGUGACUAACCCUUCAGUUCUUUCAACUCUUAUUAAUACCCAUAAUCAGUAACCUACCAAGAAAAAAGCCCUUAUUUGGAAAGUGUGAAAUUUGUAUUUGGAAAAGCUGCCUGGAGAGAAGAGCUGUGUCCUUUCCUGUAAUGCAACAGGACUCUUUUUGGGGGGAUCAAAAUCAUAAUUCUUAAUUAUGCAGUAUCUUUCUUUUCUCCAGUCCUCACAGACACAGAAACAGUAACUAAAAUUAACUUUUCUUUUAAAAAAUUAUAUAUUCAGUUUGCAGUAGACAUUCCUUAAGUAUUUGUAUUUAUUUAUGAUUAUCAAUUUACGUAACAUUAAUAUUGUAUCAGACCUCCUUAUGAAAAUGAGUAUGGAUGUAAACAGUAUGUUUGAUUUUUAUCCAUAAGAAUGAAUCUGAUUCUGAAUGCUUUUCAGCUGACAUACAGAGCACUAAAUAUUUUAAGGCAAGUCCAUAGGUCUGAAUCGCUUCAGAAUUCUCAGUCUCUAUGGGAUUUAGGGAAGCAUUAUAAAUGCAUUAAUCCUUAUAGUCAAUUCUGUGCCUAGGAUUUUGCAAGGGAACAGUUCACUGACUAGGAAAAGCACUACAUUUUAAAUUCAGCAUUAGUGCAUUGGGAAGGAACUUUACUGCUUUGUGCUUGGCAUGUCAUUAUUUUCCAUUUGACAUUAGGGCCUUUCCAAAAUGAAUGUGAGGAAUUGCUUUCACUUCAAGACUUUCCUUCUUUUCAGUAAAACUCUAGGAGGUGUUAUGGGGGGAGGGAAGGGGACAAAAUCCUUGAAACCUUUUAUUUGGCUCAUGCCAUGUUAUGAUCAUGUACCUUUUAAAUAAGGGGAAAUAGUAUCUUUAAAGUUAAUGUCUAGCCAAGAGUUUAGUUAACGAAGAAUUAAACUGCACUGUUGAUCGGUGCUUUGUGUAAAUACAUCUUAACGUUUCGGUUGAGAGGGGCCUUAAGAAGGACAGUUCAUUGUAGGAAAGCAAUUCUGUACAUGAGUUUAAGCAUACUUGUUGCAUUGUCUCUGCAGAUUCUAUUUUUGUUUACAAUAUUAAAAUGUAUGUUAGCAAAAAUGGGUGGAUUUUCAAAUAAAAUGCAGCUUCCACAAAA